AUGAGUUGUCAAUACAGAACAAAGUGGUUAGAUCGUCAGAAUAUAUAUUACAACAAAAUGUCCAUUGCAGUUGUUACAGGUGCUUCAUCGGGGAUAGGUUAUUCAUUGACUGAUGAACUGGCAGCAAAUGGUUUCAUUGUUUACGCAUGUGCAAGAAGGUUAGAGCCUAUCAACGACUUAAAAGACAGGCAUGGACCUGAGAAGAUCAAACCUUACCAAAUUGAUAUAUCGAAUAAUGAGGAAAUAGUAACUUUCAGACAAUUUUUAGAGAGUGAACUACAAAAUGGAAAAGUUGAUCUUCUCUAUAAUAAUGCCGGUCAGGCUUGUUCCUUUGCUACUUUAGAUGUUACAGACAGGAUUAUGGAGGAUUGUUUCAAAGUCAAUGUGUUUGGUCAUAUAAACAUAACUCGAGAACUAUCAAAGUUGAUAAUUAAUGCUAAAGGUACAAUAGUAUUUACUGGUUCCAUUGCUGGAAUUGUUUCCUUCCCAUUUAUGACAACGUAUUCAGCCACGAAGGCUGCCAUCCAUCAAUAUGCUAGAGGGUUACAUUUGGAAAUGAAACCGUUUGAAGUAAGAGUUAUAAAUGCUAUAACUGGUGGUGUUGAAACGGCCAUUGCCGAAAAAAGACCUAUGCCAUCCAAUUCUUUAUUCAACUUUCCUGAAGGUUUGGAAGCAUUCAAGGCACGUUCCAAAAAAGUGCAAAAGAUGAGUUCUUCACAGUAUGCCAAACAAAUGGUUAAAGUAAUCAUGAACUCAAAUGAUCCAGUAGAUGUCUAUAAGGGCUCGUUUGCUAUGAUUGCUCGUGUUUUGGCCCUUUUUGUCCCAAUGUGGGUUUUGAAUAAACUUUUGUAUAAGUUUAAUAAACUAGAUAAGGUGGAGUCCUCCAUAAAGCAAAAGGGGGCAAAGAAAAGUCUGUAA